AACAAAUGGCGACUGAGUAAAAGCGAAAGUACUUUGCUGGAAAGUUAACGCUUUUUAUAUUAAUCAGAGCAUUAUUCUGAGAUAAAAGUGACGCAACAAAAUGACUAAUGAGCAAACGUCUAGUGUGCAGUUCACGCAAUGGUUUCGUGGCCGUCAAGAAACCGUUGACUACAAAUCCGCUAACGACUAUGCCGUGGCCGUACGGCAGUGGAUGUGGCAAUGUCACAUAUGGAAGUUUUACACUAUGUUCCCUUUUGGCAUGCCACCGUCACCUCCACAAGGACUAGCCUCCAACGUUGGUUUAUAUGAAGAGACCAGAGAUUCGCAUGGUAACGUUGUUCAGCAACACUACCAGGGAUUGCCGCUUGCAGGACUGCUGCUUCCAUUCCCGCUAGGUGUGGGACAGCCACAUGCACCAGGACUUCGUGCAGAAGCGGCUUACACAGCCACAACUAGCGCAGCAGCUCAACGUCCAGGGCGACAAUACAGGAUACCUCACGUGUGGAAACGUUUCUGCGCAGAGACAAUCGAUUUCUUGAUUUUGUUCGUCCUCAAGGUCAUCUUGACGCUCAUAGCAGCCGAGGAGUUUGAUCUAAUACAGCUGACAGAGUAUGAGUGGGCAGACUUGACUGAUUCAGACAACUUUGAAACAGCACUACGCUUCACUCAGGACCUGAUGAUUUUGGAGCUUAUAUAUCGACUGUCAUGUCUAGUGUAUGAGACUAUAUUUCUGCAAAGAGGGCUUACUUCGUCUGGUGGUUCAACUCCCGGUAAAAGGAUGUUAGGGUUGAAGGUUGUGCUGUGUCGUGAAAUUCAGGAACUUCCUGAUGGGAGGGUUAUCGUUGUCCCUGCUGACGACCUUGGAUUUGGCUGGGCUCUUCUUCGAUCGUUGGUGAAGAAUUUCUCAAUUGCCUUUAUGUUUCCAAUUACAUUAACAAUGUGCCUGUUUCAACAUAAUAGAGCUGUUUACGAUCUUAUUGCAAAUUCAGUUGUUGUAGAAGACCUUGUGAAUUAGACUUAGAGCGGCAUUUUUGUAUGCCUACUUUUAUAAGGCCAGCAAUGGUUUCUUCUUUAUAACAACAAAUAUUGGAUGAUUCGUUGAUACUGCAUAGUGUACAGUGUAUAUAUUCAUAGUAAAUGCAUAUGUUUAACAGUCCUUCCAGACAAUUAAUCUUUCAGAAAGAAUUUUCAAAGAUAUUAUUCUUUAAAGAACAAAUUAUUUUAGCCUUUUGUAAUUAUGUAUGUAGGUGUGUGCAUGCAUUUGUGCGUGUGUGUACGAAAAAACAUGUAUUUGUUAUUUUAAAGGAAAUCGUUCGUAAUCUUUUCAAGGUUUAAUUAAUUGCAAUCAUCUUGUGCAAGCGACUGCAGCUUCGUAACCCUGUCACAGUAAUAUUCAAGAUUCAUCUCAGAUUCUGCUUACCAGUUUAAACGUUUUCUUUAUUGUCCACAAGUGGACUUGCAACUAAUCUAAUAUUGAAGUUGCAUAAUAGGCAUGCCUACAUGGCUUACAACUUCAGCUGCAAAUGUACAUAAAUCAGGUGAGAAUAUAAACUCUAACAAAGUAAAACAUUGUAUGCUACUCGUGUGUAGCAUCCUAUGUUUAAUGAGCAAAGAAUUAAUUAAAUGCCAGUCAUGUCUAGUAUUUCUGUAGCAAAAUCGAAAAUAUUUGUAAUUAAUCAUGUCAAUGGAUGUGUGCACUAAUAUGAUUUACCAGUGUGCUCUAUUAGGUAUUGUUCAUGUUUGUGCUGUAGAAGCAGAGUUACAUGUAUAUUAUCAGAAGUGUCAUAAUACAGAGUCUAUAUAAUAUAAAGUAUAUAUGACACUCUUGAUAUUAUGUUAGAAAUGAGGCAGAGAUUAUGUUGUAAUAAUGUUCAAGAUUGAUAUGCUUUCCACUUUUCCAGUUAUAUGUCAUUACAUUAACAGAAUAGUUUAUGCGCUCUUGAUUACACAUAACGUAUUGUUGCGAAAUUAUUCUAUUGUAUGGUAGAAAGGGUGAUGGCUUCCCAUUUGUAUUGCGCCAGUAUCAUGCCUAGAAAGUGAAUAUACAUAUUAUUUUAGGUUUAUUUAAUUCUUUUCUCUCUAAUGUCGGUCAUUGCCAAUGUUGAAUAAUUAUUUUCAGUCUAGAGCUUACAUAGCAAACUAUUACUUGCUCAUUAAAAAUGAUUGAAAAAUUUUCCUGGAUCUGAAGCUGUUAAUAAAAGUGAUAUAUUAAUGUU